CGAUCGCCUCCGUCUGCCGGACCUCCGGACCUGGACAGGAAGGAGAAGAAGGCUGCCGCCAUGCCUGACUCCCCCGCGGAGGUGAAGACACAGCCCCGGUCCACGCCCCCCAGCAUGCCGCCCCCUCCACCCUCUGCGUCCCAGGGCACCACACGGCACUCCUCCUUCACACCCCACACAAAUCGAGAGGACGGGCCUGCGAUGUCCCUGCCCCACGGCCGUUUUCAUGGCUGCUUAAAAUGGUCUAUGGUCUGUCUUUUAAUGAACGGCAGCAGCCACUCGCCGACAGCCAUCAACGGCACCCCAUCCACGCCCAACGGCUUCAGCAAUGGCCCAGCCACCUCAUCCACAGCCUCACUGUCCACACAACACCUGCCCCCAGCCUGCGGGGCACGGCAGCUCAGCAAACUCAAGCGCUUCCUCACCACCCUGCAGCAAUUCGGCAGCGACAUCUCCCCAGAGAUCGGGGAACGCGUCCGCACGCUUGUGCUGGGGCUUGUGAACUCUACACUGACCAUUGAGGAGUUUCAUUCCAAGCUUCAGGAGGCCACCAACUUCCCACUGCGCCCAUUUGUCAUCCCUUUCCUGAAGGCAAACCUGCCCUUGCUGCAGCGUGAACUCCUGCACUGCGCCCGCCUGGCCAAGCAGACCCCUGCCCAGUACCUGGCCCAGCACGAGCAGCUCCUGCUGGAUGCCAACGCCUCUUCCCCCAUUGACUCCUCGGAGCUCCUGCUGGAAGUCAAUGAGAACGGCAAGAGGAGGACACCUGACAGGACCAAAGAGAAUGGGUCAGACCGCGACCCGCUGCACCCUGACCCCCUCAGCAAACGGCCGUGCACCCUGAGCCCUGCCCAGCGCUUCAGCCCCAGCAAUGGGCUGCCGCACCCCACGCCGCCACACUACCGCCUUGAGGACAUGGCCUUGGCCCACCACUCCCGUGACUCCUAUCGCCACCCUGACCCCCGGGAGCUUCGGGAGCGCCAUCGGCAACUCAUGGUCCAUGGGUCACGGCCAGAGGAAGUGAUCGACCACAGGCUCACUGAGCGCGAGUGGGCUGAGGAGUGGAAGCACCUCAACAAUCUCCUGAACUGCAUCAUGGACAUGGCCGAGAAGACGCGGCGGUCACUCACCGUGCUGCGCCGGUGCCAGGAGGCUGACCGCGAGGAGCUCAACCACUGGGUCCGGCGCUACAGCGAUGCUGAGGACACCAAGAAGGGCCCCUCAACCACCACCGCCCGGCCCCUCAGCAGCUCGACAGGAGCAGAGGGGUCUCAGCUAGACGUGCACCGGGAGUUCAUGCCUAGGACCCUCUCCAGCUACAUGCCCGAGGAGAUCUGGAGGAAGGCUGAGGAGGCGGUGAAUGAGGUGAAGCGGCAGGCAAUGUCUGAGUUGCAGAAAGCUGUGUCAGAUGCCGAGCGGAAGGCCCACGAGCUCAUCAGCACAGAGCGCGCCAAGAUGGAGCGGGCCCUGGCCGAGGCCAGGCGGCAGGCCUCGGAGGAUGCCCUCACUGUCGUCAACCAGCAGGAGGACUCCAGUGAGAGCUGCUGGAACUGUGGGCGCAAGGCCAGCGAGACGUGCAGCGGCUGCAACGCAGCACGCUACUGCGGCUCCUUCUGCCAGCACAAGGACUGGGAGAAGCACCACCACGUGUGCGGCCAGAGCCUGCAGGGCCCCUCAGCCGUGGUGGCCGACCCGGUGCCAGGACAGCCCGACGCCACCACCAGCCUGGGCCCCUGCCUGCCCACGGGUGCUGCCAGCCCCAGUGAAGCUGGCUCCACGGGGCCCUCUCGCCCUGGCUCCCCUGGCCCACUGGACGCCGCACCCCGCUGACCCCUCCUAGACGCGCUGCUCGGCCCACGGACAUGCGCCCACCAACCCCGCCGAGCCCCAG